AUGGUACCAGAGAUUGCCCUAAAGAAACAUGAGCUUGGUGCAGGCUGCAUUGUAAAAUUGCGCAGAACGAAAGCCGAAAACACUUGUGAAGGAAUUUGUUCGGAGAAUCGUUGCCCGAAUUUCUGCACGCAGUGUCUAAAUUUAGAGAAGGGGUCCUAUGGACAUCCAGCUCUGGUUUUGGGUGUAAGAGAGAGGUAUAACAUAGCUUAUGUUACCUUUGUCAUUAUUUCAGCGCUUGGGAGCGACUUCAGUACCUUUCAGGAAUUCUUGAACAAACGCGGAGAUCCUGGAGCACUCACCCCUUGCGCCUUUGGCCCGAAAUAUCGCUGGCGACCCGAAGAAAAUAGUUAUGGAUUAAAAUAUGCCGUCGAGCCCAGCGGUAUAAAUUUCACAAAGCGUUGUUACCUCCAACUUCAGCACAGAUAUACUCUUGAAAUCGACUCUUUCGUCACCUUCAGGCCUAAGAAUCAUCCCGGCACUAAGCAUGCUUAUGGUUUGAGAUUCACCGAAGAAUCUUAUAGCAAGAUUAUGAAGAGAAUUGGAUUGGAGAAAGAAAAGUUCGUUUCAACUGACGAUCUAAAAAGGGGAAGAGGAGGUGCCACAGGAACUACAACCACUCUUGAUACAGGGUCAUUGCCUUCUGUCGAUAUUGACAAGCGUCCAUAUCGCACUUAA